CAAGAUAGAGAAAAGUUUGGAAAAAUAUUCAGAUAACAAGCAUUUCCCAAACAAAAAACCCCUUGUAAACCCUGCUGGAAGAAAAGAAACAAAGUGAGGGUUUGGAGCAUUGUCUUGACCCAACACAACAUCAACAGCAACAAUGUCUGAUCUGAUUCCACCCCACUUGAUCGCCAACAUCUUCUCACGCCUGCCCGUUAAAUCUCUCCUUCGUUUCAGGUGUGUAUCCAAGCCUCUCCGUGCUCUAAUCGAUUCUCCUCAUUUCAUCAACUCCCACUUGCAUAAAUCUCUCGUUUCUAACUCUAAUCGAACUAUUAUCACUACUUCUAUUGAUUGUACUAGUAUCUGUUAUACAGACUUUGAUUUUGAUAACCCUUUUGCUACUUUUGUCAAUCACCCCUUCACACACUGUGGUGCUCAUUUUAUUGCUUCUUGUAAUGGCUUGAUUUUGCUCUUAACUGCUAAAAAUGUUGAUACGUGUGUUCUCGAAACUAUUUCCCAGCCUGACCCUCCUAAUCUUAGCCUUGUUUUGGUGAACCCCGCUACUCGAAAGCAUAAGUUGUUACCGGUUUCCCCAGUUGAGUAUCCUGUGUACUAUUCGGAAACUAAGUGUGAGUUUGUUAGUUAUGGUUUCGGGUAUGAUUCUGUGCGCGAUGAUUAUAAAGUGGUGCGUAUCGCUCAGUUUCCUGAUAUGGUUAAGAAUGAGGUUAAGGUUUUUAGUUUGAAGAAAAAUGGCUGGAGAAGGGUUCUGGACUUUCCCUAUCGUGUGUCUACAUCUGAACAUGGGGUGUUUCUUGAUAGUGCUGUGCAUUGGCUAGUGUGCAAGCGAUUUGGGUCUGAGGCUGCUGUCAUUGCUUCGUUCAAUCUUGGAACUGAGAAAUAUGGUUUGCUUCCCCAGCCUCGGUACUCUGAUAUGUCGGAUAAUAUGGCAACUCUUGGAGUUCUAGGAGGGAAACUGUGUUUGAAUUGCAACUAUAAUAUGAGGUACAUUGAUAUAUGGGUGAUGGAGAAAUAUGGUGUUAAGAAGUCGUGGAGCAAGAUAUUGUCUGUUGUACAGAAUGAUGAUCUCCCGUUUGUGCAACUGACUGCUGUGGCAUAUUCAAACACUGGUAAGAAAGUCCUCCUACAGCAAGAUGCUAGCCAGCUGCUGUGGUAUGAACUUGAACAAAAGGUUAUCAGCAAAAAGUUUCACUUUCCUGAUUUUUGGAAAGCAUAUGUAUCUCUGGAAAGUCUUGUAAAGCUCGAUUAUGAGGAUAGUACUGAGUUUCCAUGGUCUAAAAGGAAAACGAAGAAGAGUCGUCAAUUGGAUGAUUUCUUGUCCAAGGCGUUCAACCUGAAGCUUUAGUACAGGAGACAAGUGCACGAAGUUGAUGUGAUCAUGACGGCUGUUCUGGAUAGCUUUUUGGUUGUACGCAGGAAAAGAUGGAGCACAAACAAAAGUGGAUUGUUGAGAUGAUUUAGCCUAUCUAUGUUUGUUUUCUUCUGCUUUUGUUAUCUGACUCAAGAUUCUGUUGGUUUGUUAUUAUGGUGCACAGAUUCUACUUAACCUUUCUAUCUUAGGGAUCAAUUGUAUGGUGGUUCUUAUUGAACUGGGUAUUAACUAGACAUCAUUAUAUUAAGGCUGAAUUGUUAUGUUUCUGUUAAACUAAGAUUAGUAUAGCCGUAUAGGCAAAACUUCUUUUCUACA